AUGGCAACCCAAGGCGACGGAAGACGACAUAGAGAUAGAGCUGGGGACGUCGGUUACUUGGAUAAGGGGAGUUUCUGUCGUCUAUUCAAUGCACUCCGUGACAAGGAAGAUCUCCUGAACAACAAGCCUCAUCGUGCCCCUGACGGGUUCACGAUCGACAUGCAACCCAAGCGCACGAAUAAUGCCAUCAGCGCAGGUCCCCUGCUCAGCAGGACCGUCAAGAGAGUCGGAGAGAUGGCGGAGACCGCCGUACAUGGCGCGAAAGUGGGCUUCGAGUUCGAAUGCGCACGUCGGAUGAAGGCGUAUAUGAAGAAGAACAUCGAUAGCUGGGUGUAUUACGCUACAGAGGUCCUCGGUAUGGAGAAGCGGCUCAACGAGAUCCUGUUCGUCAGAGGAUGGGUCAAGACGACGCAUUGUAUCUUCUUGCACUAUUUCAAGAUGAAGAGGAGGCUAGUUCUGCCUGCGAAGAUAGAAGCUGCGGCGGAACCGCACGAUGCGUCCUCUGUCAAUGAUGACGAGGAUGACGAGGAUGAAGAGGCUCCGUUGAAGAGAAAGUGGUACGAUCCAGUUGACCAUGUAUUCGACUAUAUAUUACAGAACUCAGACGCAACCGAAGCUAUCGCGAGCGACAGCGAUAUCCUAGAAAUCUGCAAGAACAAUGGACCGAGUGAAUACCCCAUCCCAGACGACAUACCCACCUUCCUUGAGACUGUCUGGCCAGAAAUUGAGCUCACCAGUAAUGGUCUUGGUAUGUUGCUCUUCAAUAACGACACCACGAUUCUGGCGGAAAGUGCCGCCCUUGCGCAAAGAAAUGCGGCAAAUCCUGCCGGAUCGAAAGAAAGGCCACCGGAAGAGCAGAUUGGGUCGCAAGCAGGAGCCGAUUCAGAUUCGACUCGAAGUUCAGCUCGUGCCAAUAGCUCUGCUCGCACGACGAUCACGAACCUACCGCCAACGACCGCCUAG